UUCUAACCAAGUAAAUAAAUUAACUACAUACCAACUUUAAAUAAUUAAAUUAUGUGUUUAUAGCCAAGUGAAUGCAUUGUAUUACAUUGUCUGAGACACACUUUUUAAUGAGGCGCAUUUCACCAGGAAAUUAAAAUAAUCUUAAUUAUUCCAAACAUCUGAAGCUGCCUUCUCUUUCGCAAGUUGUUAGUUAGAUUUUAAGUGCAUCAAUACUUAAAACAAGAAUUCUAAGCUAAUCUGUUUCAAUAAAAACAGCCGUGAAUAGUAUGGCAUAUAAAAUUAAAGGAAGAAUUAUCUUUAAGUAAAACUGCAGUCUUGCUUCCCUCAUAGGUCUGUGAAACUGAAGGCAAUCCAUACAUUCAAGAUUUAUUCUUUGAUCAAAGUACCUCAAAGAACUCGAAAUUUCUGGUAUCAUAAGCUUAAUUUGUUGGUCUAAGAUAAAACUGGAAAAUUAAACUAUGUGGAAAAUUACAAUUGAAUGACCAGAUGAUCAAUGAUAUGUUUUGCUGUUUAAACCAAACAGCCAUUUUCUCCCAACUAUAUCAAGAGAGAAAAUGCAAUUCUGAAAUCAACUACUAAUCUGCACUUACACCACAGAGCAAAUAAAUUCAACCAUUGUCUUUUAGUGAACUACUUUAGUGAACAAAACCCAAGAUUAGCAAACUAAGACAUGAUUACAAGUCAGACCCUUAUUCCAAACUGAAAGUUACAAUAUUAAACCGUUCAAAAAAGCUGCACUAAAUAUGUAUAUUAUUUUUCCACCGGAUUAAAAUACUCCCAUGAUGUUUUUUUUCCAAAUUAAAUUCUGUCUAAAUGAACAGCAGGGAUACGUUUACAUACAAACUGGGCUGCGCAAUAUACUUUACUUUGUCACGGUUCACCUAAAUCCCAAUAUACCGCCUAUGUCCUACAAUGAACAAUUGUUAAAUCUCUACUAUGUUUCAAAGUCUGAAGACUCAGCCAAACUGAUAAAUAGAAAAUGGAUAAUAGAAGGAAACUGCAGUCGAUAGGAACACGCAGCUACAAUACAUCAUCCCAACAAUAACAAGAUACCAUCCCAGCCACUUUGAAAUGUAGGACAUUAUUUGCAAUAAAUUCAAUUUCUUUCACAUUUAAAAUAUUGCAAUGUGAAUUCCAAGGAGUUUGUAUAUCCCUACUUAACAAAUUAAUUAACAUGGAAAACCAAACUUUCUGCUGACUAUUAGAAACUGAAAGCGGUAUGGGAUCUCUCUUCCAGGAUGGAGUUGCUUGCUUAAUAGUAAAGACUAAAGGUUAUUCAGUUAAAAGUUAAAUGAUUAAUCCUGCAAAUCCAUAGCACACAUGAGUAAUUGCUAACGGCAAAUACAGAUAAUGUGAUGACAAUUAAGCCUCCACUAGUUGAGAACACUCACAUUCUGGCAAUAUGUUCUGCAGCUAACCCAACAGGGGAGAAACAAUGGGCAUCGUUUUUAACAAUAGUGACGAAAAGGACACUUCUCCACUUAUAGGCGCACGGUACAAAAGAAUUGUCACAAAGGAUGGCCGCAGUAACCUCAAGAUAGAAGCCCUUCCUGGAAAAAGCAUUGAACACCUGAAAGAUAUCUGGUCGAUCUUGGUGGAAAUGAGAUGGCGUUGGAUGUUACUGACUUUCUCGGGAGCUUUCGUGGUUCACUGGCUCUUCUUUGCGUGCUUUUGGUAUUUAUUGGCAUACACACAUGGCGAUUUAGAUGUGUUGGAUCAUAGCAACCCACCAGAAAACCAUACCAUCUGUGUGAAAUAUAUUGACAGCUUCACAGCAGCCUUCUCGUUCUCACUGGAAACUCAGCUUACAAUUGGUUAUGGAACCAUGUACCCUGAUAGUGAUUGUCCAGCUGCCAUUGCUCUCCUUGCAGUCCAAAUGCUGUUGGGACUUAUGGUGGAAGCAUUAAUUACAGGCGCCUUUGUGGCAAAGAUUGCCAAACCAAAGCUGAGAGCAACUGCAAUUAAAUUUAGUUACUUUGCUACUGUAGCACAACAUGAAGGGGAACCAUGCCUGAUGUUUAGAAUAGCCAACAUAUGGCAAAGUCCAUUAACAAAUGUUAAAGUGGCUGCCAUUUUAUACCAAGAGUAUAAAACUCUACAUCUUUUGCAGAAGAACAUCAAUUUCCGCAUUGACCAUUUGAACUCUAAUAAAUGCCCUUACCUCAUCUUUCCAUUGAUGUUCUAUCACUCCAUCAAUCAAUAUAGUCCUCUCUAUCCAUUGGUUCAAGGAAAGAUGCCACCAUACUACGAGAUAGUAAUUUUUUUGUCAGCAGAACAGGAAGGUACUGGAGAGACUUGCCAGAAGAGAACCUCUUAUACCUCUGAAGAAAUUAAACUCAACCAACAGUUUGCUCCUGUGAUAAGCUGCACUUCAAAAGGGUACUACAAAAUUAAUAUGAACAACUUCGACAAGACAAUCCCAGGAUUUCCUGUACUAUUUAAUACAAGGGAGGCAAAGCAGAAUGAUUUUGUUGUCAACUUCAACAGUGAUCAUGUUGAUACUAUGCUAUUCCAUGACAGCGCCGUUUGAAUAACUAUUAACUUUGAUAUAAACAACGCCAACUGGAAUAUUGAAUAUAUUUCUGAAAUUGUUUGAGGAAAAUAUACUGUUUAACAUGUAAAAACUGAACAAGGUUUGAAGAUUGCAUUAUCAAAACAAGUGACAAAUUACAAUCCUAAAUGAAAACCAACCAGCCCGUCUUCUGAAGGACAAAAUAUAAAAGCAUAACAUGGAACCAAAUAACCAGAUUUGAAAUGCAAAGGAUCAACUUCUAUACACAAUUUAUUUAACCCAGCAUCAACAGAGAUUCCACUGGUCUGAUCGGCAGUGCUUUAUUGUGCUCAUGAUAUGUGUUGGCAAGAGACUCAAGAAAUGAACAUGAUAUCUAACAAAUUCAGUUAAACACAC